AUGACUAAAUCAACACCACCUGCAUUAAAAAACAAAUCAUCAACAAGAACAAGUAUAAUUAAAACUUCAUCUUCUCGUAAAAAAACUUUUCAUCAAUACGAGACACCAGAAUUUAAAUUGAAAUUAAAAGAAUCAAUCGACUUGCAUCUAAAAAAGAUGUCUCCUGAUUUCCAAAAAUUUAACACGAAUCUUCCUUUGGUAAAACUUUUGGCACCUUGUAAAAAAGUCAGAGGAAAACAAGGAAGGAUCACAAGGCCUCAAAAUAAUUUUAUAUUAUAUAGAAAGGACUACCAAGAAAAAGUAAGGCACGAAAAUCCCCAAGCUACCUUUUCAAAUAUUUCUAAAGUACUCGCCGAAAAUUGGAAAAAAGAAUCCGAUAAAAUUAAAAAUAAUGACAAUAAUAAUUGUCGUAAUAAAUCCAAGCCUUGGGACGAUGCUGCAACUUUACCUAAAAUUCCAUCAACAACUGAAUUAACCGACUCGUCCGGGAACAUUACUAUCAAGUAUGGCGAUUAUUUGAGUGAUGAUAAUUCAAUCGAUGAUAUUUUCACCUCAAAUAAUUGGAAUUGUGAUAAUGUGUUCAACACUACCACUGCCACCUCUGCUGAUUUUGCUAAUUCUAUUACUAUAAAUGAUAAUAACACUACAUAA